UGACAACGAUUCGAACAUCACUUUAAUCCAAAUAAACCUCCACGAUACACAUCGCCACCAUGGCAGCGCAGAACUCGGAGCUAAAAGCCAUGAACUGGCCCUUCAAGAAUCCCAAAUACAUCUUCUUCACGGAUUUCGACGGAACGAUCACGCUGCAAGACAGCAAUGACUACAUGACAACCUAGGCUUUGGGACGGAGAAGCGACAGCAGGGUAAUCGCGAUGUACUGGAGAACCGGGAGACGUUUAGAGAUUCCUUUCAAAAGAUGAUGGACUCGGUCAACACGCCUUUCCCGCAAUGCGUGGACUAUCUCGUUGAGAACAUCGAAUUGGAUCCGGGCUUUAAGGACUAUCUUCGAUGGGCGCAGGCGAAUAAGAUCCCUACCGUCAUUCUUUCCGGCGGCAUGACGCCCAUCAUUACGGCGAUUAUGAAGAAGCUGGUUGGUGACGAAGUCGACCAGAUUGAUAUCGUCUGCAACGAUGUCCAGGCAAGACCGGGCAUGUCGAUUGAGCAGGAAGGAGGGUGGGAUAUCAAGUUUCAUGAUGAGAGUGGAUUCGGGCAUGACAAGUCUUUAACUAUCCGGCCGUACGCACAGCUACCCGCAGACCAAAGACCGUGGAUGUUCUACGCUGGCGACGGAGUAUCGGACUUGUCUGCUGCGAGGGAGACUGAUCUGCUGUUUGCGAAGGAGGGCCGAGACCUCGUAUCGUAUUGUGUGAAGGAAAAUGUACCGUUCACGACAUUCAACGAUUGGUCUUCAAUCCUAGCGACAGUCAAGGAGAUUGUAGAAGGGAAGACUAGCAUACAAGAUGCUGCGAGAGAAGGGUUUGAGAAGUUCAAGGGUGGUGCGACUUCCAAUGGCCAUGCAAAGUAGAUUGUGGCAAAAUAGGAUACAUAGCGAUAGACAUAGAGUAAUUACACGGUAGAUUG